CCUCGCCGGCAACCGCCUCAACCUCCACAACCGCAUCCUGACCCUCAUCCGCGAGAACGACCUCGACGAGGCCUCCCUCCUCGUCCGCCACUCGAUCUACUCCAACUGCCGCCCCACCAUCUUCACCUGCAAUGCCGUCCUCGCCGCCCUCCUCCGCCAGUCCCGCUACGCCGACCUCCUCUCUCUCCAUCGCUUCAUCACCCAGGCCUCCGUCGCCCCCACCGUCAUCACCCACAACCUCCUCCUCCAGGCCUACUGCGACUGCCGCAAGACCGACACCGCCCUCGAGCACUACCGCCUCAUCCUCAAAGACGCCCCCUUUAACCCUUCCCCCACCACCUACCGCAUCCUCGUCAAGGGCCUCGUCGACAACGCCAAGCUCGACCAGGCCCUCGAGCUCAAGGACGACAUGACCGCCAAGGGCUUCUGCGCUCCCGACCCCGUUGUCUACAACUUCCUCAUGUCCGGCUUCGUCAAGAGCGACGACCCCGACCGCGUCCUCUCCCUCUUCGAGGAGCUAAAGGAGAAGCUCGGUGGCGGUCCAAUUCUUGAUGGGGCUGUCUACGGGAAUCUCAUGAAGGGUUACUUCAAGAAAGGCAUGGAGAAGGAGGCGAUGGAUAUCUACAACGAAGUUCUUGGCGAUGGUUCCAAUGUCAGGUUUGGGGCCGUCAGCUACAAUUCGGUGCUGGAUGCCCUGGGAAGGAACGGGAAGCUGGAGGAGGCGAUCGGUUUGUUUGACAGGAUGAUGAAUGAGCACAACCCACCUCGGAGGAUCGCCGUGAACUUGGGGACCUUCAAUGUGAUGGUGGAUGCGUAUUGUCUCGCCGGAAGGUUUGAUGCGGCGAUCGCUGUGUUCAAGAGGAUGGGCGAGAAGAAAUGCAGCCCGGACACGCUGUCUUAUAACAAUCUGAUCGAUCAACUCGGGAAGAAUGGAUUGGUCGCGGAGGCUGAGGAGCUGUACAGGGAGAUGGGAGAGCGUGGGAUCAAUCCGGAUGAGUACACAUAUGUUCUGUUGGCGGAAGCGUGUUUUGGAGUGGAUAGGGUGGAUGAUGCCACGGGUUACUUCAACAAGAUGGUGGAAUUGGGGCUGAGGCCAAAUACGAAUGCAUACAAUAAGGUUAUAGGAGGGUUGGUGAAUGUAGGAAGGCUUGAUGAGGCAAGGAGUUUCUAUGACCAGAUGAAGGAGAAGGAGACGAAGCCGAACAUCACCAGUUAUGAGAUGCUGCUGAAGGCAUUUGUGGAGGCUGAGAGGUUGGAUGAUGGCCUUAAGGUGGUUAGGGAAAUUCUGUUGGAUGAAGGGGUGACUUUCAGUGAAGAAAUGAAGGAGCUUGUGGAGGGGGCUUUAAGGAAAGAAGGGAGAGAGGAUGACUUGGGAAAAUUGUAUGAGGAUGUAGAAAGGGAGAAAGCCGAGGCAUUGGCUCGAGCGGCAGAAGAGAAGGCGAGAGCUGAGGCUCUUGCUAAGGAAGAAGAGGAACGGAAGAAGGCCGAGGCUGCUGCAAAGGAGGCAGCUGCUGCCAGAGCCAGUGCUGCAGCUAUCGAGGCUGUUUUGGGACGGAGAAAAGAAGUGGGAAAGGAAGAGUCCACACCUGCUGCUGUCGGUGCUUCUGAUGGUGGAUUGCUGAAGGGAGAAAGAAAUGGCAGUGGAUCGGUUGAAGAAAAGAAAGCUGGAGAUGCAGAAACUAACAGUGUGAAUGUUCCUGAUGCGCAGGUGCUGAAAGAAGAGGAUGAUAACAGUAGCUCGACUGAAGAAACAAAGGAAGGAGCUGGAGAUGCUGCUCAACAGGUAUCAGCUUCAUGAAUCUGAGCUUGUUUGAUGGUAUCCAUUUUAAUAUCUUGGCAAGGACAGCUCUUCUCUGUGCUGGAUUUGAUCUGUUGCGGUGAUACUGAACUGUUGCAGGAAAUGUAGCUAGCUAAUCAUUUAGGUAUUUUUAUAAGGGUCAUCAUUAAAAAAUGUGAGUAAGGUUUUAUAAGCAUAGAUAUUAGUCAUUGUUGGAAAUGAAAGUUUUGGCUCAGUAUGUGUUCCAUCCAUUGUAAUCUGGAGAUCCUGAAAUCUGACAUUAAUGGACAUCUUGGUGUAUUUCAAGGUUAUCAUUAUUUGUGCACCACUGCCUUUUUCUUUA